GAAAAAAACCGCCAGGAGCCAUUUUUCAGAAGCACCCAAUGGUGACUCUUUCAGGAACUGGGUGGAUCCUUUUUCUGCAUGUCACCUGACCGAAGAACCGUAUAUAUAGAUGUGAAGUUAUGGUUCUGCACUACUUAUCUGGAUAAGCCCUCUGGAGAAACAGCAGGAAAAGGUAAGGUGAAAGGCACUUCUCAAAGGGACAGGAUUUCAAGUACUUUAUCGCAUACUUUCACCUGAAGUCCAGUUGUUUAAAGACAUCAAACCUCUGGACUAUCUUCAACCCCCCAAAGAACCAUGGCUUUGCAAAAACAGUGUAUUUCCCUGGAUGGAAACAGUCUCACUACAGAAGACCUGAUUAGCUUGGGAAAGGGGCUCCUCAGGAUAAAGUUGACCCCAGAGGCAGAGGAAGGAGUGAAGCGGGCUAGAGAAAUUGUUGAUAAUAUCAUUGCACAAGACAAAGUUGUUUAUGGAAUCAACACAGGUUUUGGAAAACAUGCCAAUACAGUCAUAUCAAAGGACAAACUCAAGGAGCUGCAGGAAAACCUGGUCCGCUCACAUGCAGCAGGUGUGGGCAGUCCGCUGAGCCCCGAGAGAACCAGGAUGCUUCUGGCUCUGAGGAUCAACGUCCUGGCCAAAGGGCACAGCGGCAUCUCCUUGGAAGCCCUCCACGCGAUUAUCGACGCUUUCAACGCAUCCUGCCUGUCCCUCGUCCCUGAGAAGGGGACAGUUGGUGCCAGCGGAGACCUCGCCCCGCUGUCCCACCUGGCCCUAGGGCUAAUGGGAGAGGGGAAGAUGUGGUCACCAGAGACUGGCUGGGGCGAAGCUAAAAGCGUGCUGGAGGCUCAUGGACUAAAACCUCUCUCUCUGAAGCCUAAAGAGGGCCUGGCUCUGAUAAACGGGACCCAGAUGAUCACGUCUCUGGGUGCGGAGGCCGUGGAAAGAGCCCUGGCCAUCGCCAGACAGGCUGACAUCAUCGCUGCGCUCACCCUGGAGGUGCUGAAGGGGACCACCAAGGCCUUCGACAGCGAUAUCCAUGCGGUGCGGCCACACCUGGGGCAGAUGCAGGUGGCCUGGAGGUUCCGCUCCGUGCUGGACUCUGAUGUCUUCUCCUCCGAGAUCACAGAGAAAAACAGACCACAUCAGCGAGUGCAAGAUGCCUACAGCCUGCGAUGCAGCCCACAGGUCCAUGGUGUGGCCAAUGACACCGUUGCUUUUGUCAAGAGUAUCCUGUCCACUGAGAUGAACAGUGCCACAGACAACCCUUUGGUUUUUCCUGAACGAGACCUGAUUAUAUCAGGAGGAAAUUUCCAUGGCGAGUAUCCAGCCAAGGCCCUGGACUUCCUGGCCAUCGGGGUCCACGAGCUGGCCAGCAUCAGCGAGAGGAGGAUCGAGCGGCUCUGUAACCCCUCUCUGAGCGAGCUGCCCGCCUUCUUGGUCAAUGAAGGGGGCCUGAACUCAGGGUUCAUGAUUGCACACUGUACAGCUGCGGCUCUAGUGUCAGAGAAUAAAGUGCUGUGCCACCCUUCUUCUGUGGACUCCUUGUCCACCAGCGCUGCCACUGAGGACCACGUGUCCAUGGGUGGCUGGGCAGCCAGGAAGGCCCUGAGAGUGGUGGAGCAUGUGGAACAAGUUCUGGCCAUUGAGCUACUGGCUGCCUGUCAGGCCCUGGAGUUUCAUCGACCCCUGAAGAGCACAGCCCCGCUGGAGGAAGUCCAUCGGCUCGUACGCUCGGUCGUCAGGCCUUGGGACCGUGACCGUUUCAUGAAUCCUGACAUCGAGGCAGUUCACAAACUCCUGAGAGAGGAAAAGGUGUGGGAAGCGGUUCAUCCGUACAUGGAGCAAUACAGUGAGAGAUAUGGACCGAAACCAUCUGAUCAGGGGGAGUAAAUCACCAGGCUUCACUGAGGAGUCCUUCUGCUUCGACUCGCUCAUAGAAGACUCACGACAGAACACUACUGCAGUUUACAUUCCUUGACAAUGUUGUAAUGAUUGCUUUUGUAUCAAAUCUGACACUUUCAAUCUGAUUUUUACUUUGUUAUUCUACGUAAACUUUUUUUUCACAUAUAAUUUUUUAGCUGACUUUAAAUACUGUAAUAAAUCUUAAAUUUGAUCAUGAAUUCACUGUGUAAUGUUCAUUGUUGCAAUAUCUUAUCUUUACAUGUAAUAUUAUACCUUUUUGAAGCAAAUAUGCAAAUAUUGAUAAAGAAUAAAGUUUAGCUUUUUA